GUUGUUGGCUAAGGCUUCUGGGACUUGAAGUCCAAAGCGGCUGGAGGAGCUGAGUUUAGGAAACCACUGUCCUAGAGUGCCCGCAUAGAUGCGGAAGUGGCAUCUAAAAGUGGGCGGGGAAGAAGAGAGUGAGUGGUUUUUGGCGGGAGAUAGAAGGCUGAACAGAGGCAGCAGCAAUGCAGGCAUUUCUGAAAGGCCCAUCUUCAAUCAGUACCAAGCCCUUACCUGCCAAGGAGAAGGGGACAGCUGCUACUGCAGGAGGCAGCGGAGAGGGGAAGAGGGUCCGGCCUCUUCCUUGGGUGGAAAAAUACCGUCCAAAAUGUAUGGAUGAAGUUGCAUUUCAAGAGGAAGUUGUUGCAGUUCUGAAGAAAUGCUUGCAAGGAGCUGAUCUUCCCAAUCUCUUGUUUUAUGGCCCACCUGGAACUGGGAAAACGUCAACUAUUUUGGCAGCAGCUAGAGAACUCUUUGGGACUGAAUUGUUUCGGCAACGAGUCCUUGAGCUGAAUGCCUCUGACGAAAGGGGAAUACAAGUCAUUAGAGAAAAGGUGAAGAGGUUCGCUCAGCUGACGGUGUCUGGAAGUCGUUCAGAUGGCAAGCUGUGCCCCCCUUUCAAGAUUGUAAUCUUGGAUGAAGCCGAUUCUAUGACCUCAGCAGCUCAGGCGGCUUUAAGGCGCACCAUGGAGAAGGAAUCCAAAACAACACGUUUCUGCCUGAUCUGUAAUUACAUCAGCCGGAUAAUCGAACCUAUAACGUCUCGAUGCUCUAAAUUUCGUUUCAAGCCCCUUUCAGACAAAAUCCAACGGCAGAGACUCGUAGAAGUUGCUGAAAAGGAGAAUGUUGCAGUCAGCAGUGAGGCCAUCUCGUACCUGGUUCAUGUGUCGGAGGGAGACUUGAGAAAGGCCAUCACGCUGCUUCAGAGCGCCACACGACUGAUGGGUGGAAAAGAAGUCACGGAAAAAAUUGUCACGGAAAUUGCAGGGGUCAUCCCUAGAGAAAUGCUGGAUGGGGUACUUGCUUCCUGCCAGAGCGGUUCGUUUGAAAAACUGGAAGCUGUAACGAAGAACCUGAUUGAUGAAGGAUAUGCAGCUACACAGCUUAUCAACCAACUUCAUGAUGUCAUUGUUGAGAGAGAGGAUCUCAGCGACAAGCAAAAAUCCAUUAUUGCAGAGAAGCUUGCCGAGGUAGACAAGUGCUUGGUUGAUGGUUCUGAUGAGUUUUUGCAGUUGACCAGCCUUUGUGCAGUGGUGAUGGAGCAACUUCAGAAUAGCUAAGGGACCUGGUAUAUUGUAUUUGAUUAAAUUUUGGAAACUACUUUUUCAAUAAAAAAGCAGCUAGAGUAAAAAAGAUUGCGAAAUUAUUUAAAAUAAAAUUCAUUAAUCCUUUUCAUGUUAUAGCUGAAAUGUUCUUUUGUAUCACUGGUGAAGUACAAGAACAUUAUAUACCAUAAGGCAUUAAUUAGAAAGGAGUUUGUCCUUGAUCACUUCAAUGGUAACAUAAGCUUUUGUAGAUUGCUUACUUUCCUUGGAUGCAUGGAGCAAUAACAUGGAGACAAACUAUCCGCCUGUAGAAAUGCAAAAAGGUGUGGGAAUGGUGAUGUAACAAGUUCAGCUGGGGGAUAGAUGUCUAAGUCAUGCUGAGUGUAGAUAACCUUAUCAGUGGCAGAGGAAAUAUUGGAACAUAGUGAGGCACUGGCUGGAGAUCAGAAAAAUGCAGUUAAUUGGCCAAGACGGUCCUCAAGGCAGAGUUGUUGGCCAGUUAUGUGUAGUUUGCAGAUGUAAUCAAAUGU